AGCAGCUGCCACAUAUGGAGGGCGCGAUGGGCUGCGGUGUUGUCCAUGUCGUCUCCCAGCGCAUGGUGCGCCCGUCCACGUCGCCGCCGACGGUGAAGGGGAACGGUUGCCAUGGUCCCAAGGCGGAGGAGGAGGAUUCCGAGGUGAUCCACUUGACGCCGUGGGACAUACGCCUGAUCAGCGUCGACUACAUCCAGAAGGGCAUCCUGCUGCCCAAGCCUCCAUCAUCCGUGGGCGGCGACGACAACGACCUCGUCAACGCCCUCCAGUCCUCGUUCGCCCGCGCCCUGCGGCUUUUCUACCCGUUCGCCGGCAGGCUCGCCUCCGAGGAGCGCGGCGACGACGGGACCGUGUCCGUGUUCUUGCGGUGCACCGGCGAGGGCGCCGAGUUCGUGCACGCGGUGGCGCCAGAGGUCGCCGUCGCCGAUAUCGUGUCCUCGCUGUACACGCCGCCAGUGGUCUGGGAGUUCUUCCCAUUAAGCCUGGUUCUUGGCGCGGACGCCGCCAUCGAGGGGCUUCCCGUGCUGGCCGUCAAGGUCACCGUGCUCGCCGAUGGCGUCUUCAUCGGCAUGACAUUGAACCACUCUGUCGGCGACGGCACCGCAUUCUGGCACUUCUUCAACACCUGGUCGGAGAUCAACCGCGCCGCCGCCGGCGUUGGCAGCAGUGCCGACCUACAGGACGAUCUGUCCACGCCGCCGCCGGUGUUCGAGAGAUGGUUCCUCGAGACAUGUCCGGUGCCGAUCCCCAUGCCAUUCCGCAAGCUGGAGCACAUCGUGCGGCGGUUCGAGCGCACGGCGGUGAAGGAGUGCUUCUUCACCUUCCCGGCGGCGAGCGUCAAGAAGCUCAAGGCGCGCGCGAACGACGAGAUGGCGGCCGGCGGCGCCACGGCCGCCACCAUCUCGUCGCUGCAGGCGGUCCUGGCGCACUUCUGGCGCGCCGUGUGCCGGGCCCGGCGCCUCACCCCAGAGCAAAGCACGUUCUACUCGGUGGUCGUCGGGUGCCGCGGCCGCGUGAACGGCAUACCGCUCGGCUACCUCGGCAACGCCUUGGUGUUCGGCAAGGCGGAGGCCACCGCCGGCGAGAUCGAGGAGAAGGGGCUGGGCUGGACGGCGUGGCUGCUGAACCGCGCCGUGGCGUCGUUCGACGAGGCGACCAUGAGGGAGUCGCUGGAGCGGUGGGUCCGGCGGCCGGACUUCACGUAUAUGGACAACCUGUCCUCUGCCGGCACGGCGCUGGUCACCGGGAGCUCGCCGAGGUUCGACGUGUUCGGGAACGACUUCGGGUGGGGGAAGCCGCUGGCCGUCCGGAGCGGCUCCGGGAACAAGGCGGACGGCAAGGCCACGGUGUUCGAGGGGCCGGAGCGGGGAGGGAGUAUAUCGCUAGAGGUGUGCAUCGCGCCGGACGCGCUUGAGAGGCUCGUCGCCGACCAGGAGUUCAUGGACGCGGUGACCACACCACCGGCGGCGUGAUGAGGCCGGUUGUUGCGUGAUAGACACUGUGCAUUAAUUACUCAGUUGACAAUUUGUCGCAUGUGCAUGUAUGCCGGCUCGCCACCAUAGAAUCAGCUCGUGGUUUGUUAAUUAUUUAUUAGUUUGCCUAGUUAUGAAAGUCAACCAUUUUUUGUUUAGGAUUUCUCUCUAUUGGAGUCAAACGAUUUGAAAUUGUUAAGUUAUUUUUCGUGCAUUAAUGAAGUUAUCAAG